UGCCCUACGAAGACGAAACGAACUUUGAAGACAACUAGAGGAGCUCACCCCCUGCCUGUGACAGCUUAGGGUCGCCUACUUUUUGUGGACACACCACCGUCCACGGAGUGCGGAGGCAGCCUGCACCUUUCUUGCGUCCCUGUAUGACGCACGGUGGCGCAAUUCCCGAGCGCGUCAAUCCCGGGCUGGCUGGAGGGCGGGCUCUUCAAAUUUGAAUUGCGGAAGUGUGUGUGUUGGAGAACCUCGCGGAGGAGGUAAGCGUCGCUUGGGGCCCGGCCGCCGCAGGCAGGGUCCACAGUGGGCCUGAGGCGCGAGCCCGGCGGCUUCCGGCCCUCCCUCCGCGCGGAGCCGAGCUGGGACUGCGGUAGUAUCUCCCUGCCAGGCUCUUCACCCAAGGUUUCUGUGGAUCCCUUCUGAAGUUCUAUCUGAAAAUUGUGCUUAAGUGAAUUUUCUGUCGGCAGAACUUGGUUGCUAUUCUCUCGUCAAGAUGAUUGCAACACCUUUGAAACAUUCAAGAAUUUACUUACCUCCAGAGACAUCUUCUCAAAGGAGAAAUCUACCCAUGGAUGCAAUCUUUUUUGACAGCAUUCCUUCAGGCACACUUACUCCUGUAAAAGAUUUGGUGAAAUAUCAGAACUCCUCUAUAAAAUUGAAUGACCAUAAAAAGAAUCAGUUCCUAAAAAUGACCACUUCUAACAAUAAAAAUAUAUUUCAGUCAACGAUGCUAGCAGAGGCUACUACCUCUAACAGUUCUCUUGAUAUCAGUGCUGUAAAGCCCAACAAGGAUGGAUUAAAAAAUAAAGCAAACUAUGAAUCACCAGGAAAAAUAUUUCAAAGAAUGAAAGAAAAAGUACUGCGCGACAAGCAAGAACAGCCAUCAAGAAACAGUAGUUUGUUGGAACCACAGAAAAGUGGAAAUAAUGAAACCUUCACUCCUAACAGAGUUGAAAAAAAAAUAUUUCAGCAUACCUACCUAUGUGAAGAAAAGGAAAACAACAAAUCAUUCCAGUCAGAUGAUAGUUCACUAAGAGCCUCAGUCCAAGGAGUUCCUCUAGAAUCAUCAAAUAGUGAUGUUUUCCUCCCGGUCAAACAAAAGAUUCAGUGCCAGCAGGAAAAGAAAGCACCACUGCACAAUUUAACUUACGAACUUCCAACUCUGAACCAAGAACAGGAAAAUUUUUUGGCUGCAGAAGCCCCAAACAAGAUAUUAACUAGAGCUCAGUUGGCUAAACAAAUUCUUCACUCAAAGGAGAAUAUAGUUGCAACCACUGAGUCCAAAAAGGACACUUUUGUUUUAGAAAGCGUUGAUUCUGCUGAUGAACAAUUUCAAAAUACUAAUGCUGAGACUCUCAGUACUAAUUGUGUUCCUAUUAAAAAUGGCAAUCUGUUAAUGGUUUCUGAUAGUGAGAGGACAACAGAAGGGACUUCGCAACAGAAAGUUAAGGAAGGAAAUGAAGAAACAGUGCCUGGGAAGACAGGUCUUCCAGGUUCCACCAAAGAUACGUGUAAAAUUGUACUUGCAACACCAAGACUUCAUAUAACAAUACCUCGGAGGUCAAAAAGAAAUGUUUCAAAGCUUUCUCCUCCAAGAAUAUUUCAAACUGUUACAAAUGGAGUGAAAAAAAAUCAGGUAGUUCAGCUACAGGAAUGGAUGAUUAAAAGCAUCAAUAAUAAUACUGCUAUAUGUGUAGAAGGAAAAUUGAUAGACAUCACUAACGUAUAUUGGCACAGUAACGUAAUUAUAGAGCGGAUUGAGCACAACAAACUUAGGACUAUAUCAGGCAACGUUUAUAUAUUAAAAGGCAUGAUAGACCAAAUUUCCAUGAAAGAAGCAGGAUAUCCAAAUUAUCUCAUAAGGAAAUUUAUGUUUGGAUUUCCAGAAAAUUGGAAAGAGCACAUUGAUAAUUUUCUGAAACAAUUAAGGGCUGGUGAAAAGAACAGGGAAAAGACCAAACAAAAACAGAAAACUGGAAGAUCUGUCCGUGACAUAAGGAAAUCAAUGAAAAAUGAUGCACGAGGAAACCAAAUAGAUACCGUUCAAAGAGCCACCACCACUUACGAUUUUGAUUGUGAUAACUUGGAAUUGAAGAGUAGUAAGCACAGUGAGUCGCCAGGAGCUACAGAAUUAAACAUGUGCCACAGUAAUUGUCAAAAUAAACCAACAUUAAGGUUCCCAGAUGACCAAAUAAACAAUACUAUUCAAAAUGGAGGAGGAGAUGACUUACCUAAUCAGGAAUUAAUUGGAAAAAAAGAAUAUAAAAUGUCUUCAAAGAAAUUAAAAAUUGGUGAAAGAACAAAUGAAAGGAUAAUAAAAAGUCAGAAGCAAGAGACAGCUGAAGAACUGGAUGUAUCCAUUGAUAUUCUAACCUCAAGGGAACAGUUUUUCUCAGAUGAAGAAAGAAAAUACGUGGCCAUCAAUCAGAAGAAAGCUUAUAUUUUAGUAACACCACUUAAAUCUAGAAAAGCGAUAGAGCAAAGAUGCGUGAGGUAUAAUCUGUCCUCUGGCAGCAUUAAAGCAGUAACAGAUUUUGUAAUACCAGAGUGUCAAAAAGAAAGUCCCAUCAGCAAGUCCACGGGGACUUUAGAAAAUACAUUUGAAGGUCAUAAAAGUAAAAACAAGGAAGAUUGCGAUGAACGUGACUUACUUACUGUCAAUCAGAAAAUAAAAAUAUCUAACCUUCAAAAGGAACAAAUGCUCACCUCUGACUUUAAGAAAAAUACCAGACUAUUACCAAAGUUGAAGAAAAUAGAAAAUCAGGUAGCUAUGUCAUUUUAUAAGCAUCAGUCCUCACCAGAUUUGUCAAGUGAAGAAAGUGAAACAGAAAAGGAAAUUAAAAGGAAAGCUGAAGUUAAGAAAACCAAAGCAGGAAACACCAAAGAAGCAGUGGUUCACCUGAGAAAGAGCACAAGAACCACAAGUAAUAUUCCAGUGAUUUUGGAACCUGAAACUGAAGAAAGUGAAAAUGAAUUUUAUAUCAAACAAAAGAAAGCUAGACCUUCCGUCAAAGAAACUCUUCAGAAGUCUGGUGUUAGGAAAGAGUUUCCAAUUACUGAGGCAGUAGGAUCUGAUAAGACAAAUAGGCAUCCCUUGGAAUGCUUACCUGGUUUAAUUCAGGAUAAGGAAUGGAAUGAGAAGGAGUUACAGAAACUUCAUUGUGCUUUUGCAUCUCUUCCAAAGCACAAACCUGGUUUCUGGUCAGAUGUAGCUGCGGCUGUAGGUUCUCGAUCUGCUGAAGAAUGCCAGAGGAAAUACAUGGAAAAUCCCAGAGGAAAAGGAUCCCAGAAACAUGUCACUAAGAAGAAGCCAGCCAGUUCCAAAGGCCAAAAUGGCAAGAGAGGUGAUGCUGAUCAGAAACAAACUGUUAAGAUAACUGCCAAAGUGGGAACUCUUAAAAGGAAGCAACAGAUGAGGGAAUUUCUGGAACACUUGCCAAAAGAUGACCAUGAUGAUUUUUUCAGUACAACACCUUUACAGCAUCAAAGAAUACUGUUGCCAAGUUUCCAGGACAGUGAAGAUGAUGACGAUAUUCUGCCAAAUAUGGACAAAAAUCCAACAACUCCAUCAUCAGUUAUCUUUCCAUUGGUAAAAACUCCUCAAUGUCAGCAUGUCAGUCCUGGCAUGCUAGCUUCUAUAAAUAGGAAUGAUUGUGAUAAAUAUGUUUUUCGUAUGCAAAAGUAUCAUAAAAGUAAUGGUGGUAUUGUCUGGGGCAACAUCAAGAAAAAAUUAGUUGAAACUGAUUUCUCAACAACUCCAACACCAAGAAGGAAAACCCCAUUUAACACAGAUUUAGGAGAAAACUCUGGUAUUGGAAAACUUUUCACUAAUGCUGUGGAAUCUUUAGAUGAAGAAGAGAAAGAUUAUUAUUUUUCAAACUCUGAUUCUGCAUAGUAAAAUGAGGAAAUAUGAUUCCUGGGAUUUUUACCAUAAAGCAGACAGUGUGUUUGUAUUUUCAACUGGAGUACAUGUAUUUUCUUUGUAAAGUAGCUUCCUAUGAAAAUGUGGACUUUUUUGAAGGUUUCAUGUGUUUGUGUUCAAAGUAAAAUGUCCUCAUUGCUGCAGCUUACUAAAAAUGUAAAGAAAAUUGUUUUUGCUCGUGUAGAUAUCUGUAAAUUUGUUUUUCCAUAUUAAAAUAUAUAUAGAUAAUUUUUUAAUAAGCAUCCAAGUCUGUUUACUUUAAGAAAAUCAUUUCCCAAACAGAUUUUUUUUUAUUUCAAGAAAAUUUUGCUACCAUUUAAGUAAGAGAAGGUGAGGAUGACAGAGGUUGUAUUGGUAGCUAUUGAAUUCAUGAAAACUUUUAAGUUAGCAUUUGUUACCAGUUGUUAUCCAAGCCAGAGUAGGAUCUGUUACCAGUUGUUAUCCAAGCCUAAUGUUUAAAUUACACAUUGUUGGAAUUAAAUUACACAUUGUUGACAUGCUUCUCUCCUGCUUGUUUUUAUUUUAAACUUGUGAUAGGCAUAUCUAUGAAACCUAUGUAAAUUUAGUUUAUUGCUUUGCCAUUAUUUUACUAGGUAAAAUUAGAGAACAGAUUUUGUUCUCUAAUUAAUUUUUAAGCCUUAUUUACAUAUGCAGAAACAGCUUAAAUAUUUUGACUAGAUUAGACAAACAGUUAAUAGAUCCACCAUUAGGAAUCAAUAUAUUAUGUCAUAAUAAACAUCCUUUUUCUUUCACUGAAAUUUCUUUUAGAAAUAAACAUUUUCGCUUGUUAUGUUUUGAAACUUGACAUAGGAUAUUUUCCCUCUGGCUACACAUUCACCUACCUUGUUCUCUAUUUAGAUUAUUCAAAUAAAGUUAGUUUGCUUUUAUAGUA